AUUUCCGUUCCGUUACGUUCACCAACGCUUUGCCUCGCCUUUGCCGCCGCGACUAGCGACUAGAGCCGCUAGUCGAAAUCCCGACGACGCGACGCGAUCUCGCGACGCGUGCCGACGCGCGACCUGAACCCCAGUGUUAUUACCGAGCGAUUGCUCCGUUGUUGUUCUCUCACCUGUUUUUCUGCGGCACACAAUCGAUACGGAACACGCCGAACGAUCGCCGUGCGCUCGGUCUGGUACGAGCGCCACCGGCGAACACAUCAUCGUCGACGUUCCUGCGUGUUCCCGAGUAGAGAAAAUGCGGGAGGGAAAACACUUCUAAGUGUUUCUUACGUUAAUACGAACAGCUCGAGGCAAGUUUUCAAUCGUGAAUAGUUGAACACUCGUGUACCUUCUUCUGUCAGUAGCCCGUCACGUCGAAUUUGUGAAAGUGCCUUAUUCCUACGAAAACUGGACUAGUCGAGAACAUGGUGCUAGACUUGUGAUACGCGUCGUCUACGAGGACGGAUCUGAGAGAAACCCUUAUCAGUGGUAUCGUAAUCCCCGUUGCAGCGGGGAUCCUUGACACCCUUGCGACCCUCGCGCGCCGAAUAAGAACAAUGCUCGUGAAACUUGGUGAAAAUAGCAUACCCGAUGUCCCUGCUUUCCGUCAGCUGUGCUAAACGCGAAUCCAAUGUGUGGCUGUUUCAGCAGCUGAAAAACGAAACGGCAUGGAGUAGCUACCCGGGUCACGGAGACCCUUGGAAGGGAAAAGGGCAAAAGCGACCCCUUCCUACGCCCUUCUGCCGCCGCCGUCGCCGCCGCCGCGACGCACGACGACGUUGGACUGUCGUCGCACCGCAGCGACCUCUGCGCCAUUAUUAUUAUAGCCGCAAGGCUGACGUUUUUCCUCUCGGACUUGUAAAUAAAAGGCCUCAAAGUGUACGGCGCCGUGGAGAAGACGUUUCACCCGUUCGAGCUGAGCAGCAGGCUUUCCCGCGUGUUCCCCGGAACGCUGCCCGGUAUACAAGGUGAGUUACAUAACAUUUAUUCCAAUUUGUAUUUACUCUUUUACUUUCCAUGGCGUUAAUUUGAUUUCAAGUAAAAAAUACAUU